UGAGGGGCCGCGACCGAGCAGGCGGCGGCCGAGGCGGUGGGGAGGGGGGUGGGGGGGAACGGACAGAGCGGCUUCGCUCGUGGACAGAGCGGGGGAAGAGAUUCUCUCCCCCCCGCCCCGCCGACCGGGCAGCGAAACCGCCGCGGCGGCGGGAGCGAGCGAGCGGGGCCCGCGGCGCUGCUGUGCCCAGCCAUGGACAAUCAGUGCACGGUGCAGGUGAAGCUGGAGCUGGGGCACCGGGCCCAGCUGCGCAAGAAGCCGACCACGGAGGGCUUCACCCACGACUGGAUGGUGUUCGUGCGCGGCCCGGAGCAGUGCGACAUCCAGCACUUCGUGGAGCGCGUCGUCUUCCGCCUGCACGAGAGCUUCCCCAAACCCAAGCGAGUGUGCAAGGAGCCCCCCUACAAGGUGGAGGAGUCUGGCUACGCUGGCUUCAUUAUGCCCAUUGAAGUGCACUUCAAAAACAAGGAGGAGCCCAAAAAGGUUUGUUUCACAUAUGACCUGUUCCUAAAUCUGGAGGGGAACCCCCCUGUGAACCACCUUCGCUGUGAGAAGCUGACUUUCAACAACCCCACCAAGGAAUUCAGGCGCAAACUCAUCAGGGCUGGAGGGGUAAUGGUGAUGCCAGAAGGAGCGGAGACUGUUUCAAGGCCGAGUCCCGAUUAUCCGAUGCUGCCCACGAUACCUCUCUCUGCCUUCUCUGAUCCCAAGAAGACCAAACCCUCCCAUGGGUCAAAGGAUGCAAAUAAGGAAAGUAGCAAAGCAUCCAAACCACAUAAAGUCACCAAGGAGCACAGGGAGAGGCCCAGGAAAGACUCUGAGAGCAAAAACUCCUCCAAAGACCUUGAGAGAGAACAGAACAAGCCUUUGAAGGACUCCUCCAGAAAACCAACUGAGAACAAACUGCCUAAGGAGGAGAAGGCACCUCCAAAAGCUGCUUUCAAGGAACCAAAACUGGCCGUGAAGGAGACCAAACUGGAGAACACCUCUCCAAAGGGAGGGCCACAGCCGGAGUUAAAGUCUUCCAGCAAGAGGCCCUCCAACGUGGAGUCACCAAAGCCUAGUGCCAAAAAACAAAAAAAGAGUAGCUCCAAAGGGGUAAAGAAUAUCCUGGGGACAUCUCCCAGAACCUCGUCUUCCUCAUAUCCAGAGAAGAAACAAACCAAGGAGAAGAUGAAUGCCAAAGUGGAAAAGGUGAAAUCUGAGAGCGAGGCCAAGGAGAUCAAAAAGCCCGUGGAAAUGGAGGAGUCAAACUCAGAGGAUGAAACUUCUUUCAAGUCAGAGGGGGUUAAGUCUGUCCAGUCCAGCCCUUCCAACUCCAGCUCCAGCUCCGACUCCAGCUCUGACUCUGAUUUCGAGCCAUCUCAGAACCACAGUCAAGGCCCCCUGCGCUCCAUGGUGGAGGAUCUGCAGUCGGAGGAGUCGGAUGACGACGACAGCUCGUCGGGAGAGGAGGCAGCAGUCAAAGCAAACCCCGUCAGCCGGGAUUCCAGACUGAGCCUCAGUGACAGUGACAGUGACAACAGCGCCGACUCGUGCCCGCCCAGCCGGGAGCCACCUCCAGGGCAGAAACUGCCCCCGGCAAACAACAAGGCAUCUGGAAGGAAAAGCCCAGAGUCCUGUAACAAGCCAGAGAAGAUCCUGAAGAAGGGAACAUAUGACAAGGCCUACACGGAUGAGCUGGUGGAGCUCCACAGGCGGCUCAUGGCACUACGGGAGCGCAACGUGCUCCAGCAGAUCGUGAACCUCAUUGAGGAGACCGGGCAUUUCAAUGUCACCAACACAACCUUUGACUUUGACCUCUUCUCCCUGGAUGAGACGACCGUCCGCAAGCUGCAGAGCUACCUGGAGGCCGUGGCCACAUGACGCUGGGCCUGGGAAGCUGCCUCUGCUCUUCAACCAGAGAUCCCCUCCACUGGUACCAGGAAACCACCCCACGAACUAGGCCUUCUGACCCUCCUGCCUCACCCGAAGAAGCACUGCCUUAGAGAACAGCCAUGCUCUAGGAACGCUCAGCCAGCUGCACUUUUCUUGUAGGCUUCAAAGCGGCGCCUGCCUUGCUGAGUCUGUCCCCCCUGGCUCUGUGGGCCAGGCCCCGAGCAGAGCAGGCGUGCUGCACUUAGGCUGCACAGCGCGACCUUUUCGGUUUCCCUUCGAGCAACUGUUUCAAGAGCACAUUUUGCAGGCAUCUCUGAGCUCUGAAGAGGCGUGGAUGCUGUUCCCUUCCCUGGAGCUCGGGACCAGCCUAUGCAGAGCCCUCCCCUGUGCCGUGGGGGUGACACCGGCUUUGACAGAGCUGGGGACAUGGGAGGCUCCUGCUGGUCUGCUGCAGAGGAGAGGGGCUGCAUUGCAGCUGCAUUGCAGCUGCAUUCCUGCUGGGAUCACCCACCGGUUCAGUGACCUGGCUCCUGGUGGGGACACUGUGCUCGGUGAGGAGGCCUCUGGAACCUGCUGGCUCCUGCUGGGGUUUGGAGAUGUCUUGUUUGUUGAUCUGAGCUCCUAAACAAAGUCCCACUCCUUUCAGUCUGCUUUAACUGUAAUAGGACUCCAAAACUGUAAGCUGUAUAUUUUAUAUAUAUAUAUUAUAUAUAUGUAUGUACUGUAUGUAUAAGAAGGGCCUAGUUGGGUCUUAUGAUCUUAAGGGUGUGUUUUUCUGUUGUUUUUUUAUGGCUCUGGCAGGGGAAGGCGCUUAAUAAGAUUUGACUCAUUUGUUCAAUGCCUCUUGUGGACAAUUUGUAGUGUAAGGAAGCUGGACAGCAACCUCCAGGCAUCCCGUGCUCCAGGAGGGGCUCACCCAUCGUCUUUCCAUUUGUCAGUGUUUGAUAACUUUGCCAAAACAUGUGAUUGGUUUUGUUCUGUGUUCUCAAAGAGGAAUCUCCUUACAGUGGCCCCUAUAGUAGUGGCUGUACUUUGGGAAAACCAAAACAAGGGAGAGCCUCAAUCUUUGGACACGCCUGGGAGACGCUGAUGUCAAACACGGAGCUGGGGCUGUUCCCUGCUCCCUGUCCCGCCCCGCUGCCCGUGCAGGAACAGGCAGGAACCAGAAACACUAACACAGCCCCUUCCCUGGGUGUCUAGUUAAACUAGGAUUGACCUCCAAGUGUUGUCCAGGCGGGCUCGGGGACAUCCCAGUGCCUCCCUCAGAGCUGUGUUACACCCCCAUCCCUCAGUCCAGUGUUUGCCCAGGAAUUGCUGGAAUUGUGUGCUGAGGGCUGUGGGGGCUCCUGCCCAACGCUGGGGGGCACAGGCGCUGCUGGGGAGCCCCUCUGCUCCAGGCUGGCUGUCCCUUGUUUUGGGUUCCCCCUUUCUUUAUCAUGGAAAUGUUGCAACUAAUCAACUGAAGUGGCAAUAUGAUGAUAAGCUUGUUUGAGUUGGGUCAUGUUGACCCGAUUCCCGUUAAUUUUGUCCUUGUACCACCUUUCAUGUGUCGUGUGUGUGUGUAUAUAUAUAUAUAUGUGCGUGUAUAUAUAUAUAUAUGGAAGCUCAAGCUCAUGCCAGUGCAAACCCUGUCACGCCAGUGAUCUCAGCUGUUUCUUUCUUGCUGGAUGAUGCCAGGGCUGGGUGGAAAGGCCAGACAAGGUGGAGGGCAGGGGGCAGAGGAGGAGGUGGCAGCAGGACCCCACGGUGCAGGCUGGUGGUGCUGUGGGGCUGUGCCAGGGGGAGCAGCUCUGCCCGCACUGGGGCGGGGUUGGUGGCACCGCCCUGUCCCCAGAGCAGCGCGGCUCUCCCGAGGCCUUUGCUGCCCUCUCUGCCCAGGUCACUCCUGCCACAGCUCCGCUCCCAGCACCUCCAGACUGUCACAGAGCCGCCCCUCGAGGGGCUGGAGGUGCCACCCUGCCCCUGCCACCACCCCUGGCCACAGCUCCCAGCCAGUCCCAGCACACCCGUGGGAGGCUGGGCCUGAGCCUGGCUGGAGGCGCCGUGGCCGUGGCAUCGUCCUGUCCUGGGAGUGACUUUGUCGGUGAAGUCUGCUGAGCAUUGAUAGGGAUUUUGUUUGGUUUUUAUAAGAAGAAUUUUACACAUGGAUUUUUUUAGACUGUUUAUAAUCCCCCUGAAAACCCGAAGUAGGAUUGUUCCCCAGCAAUAGUUCCUCUCCAUUGUGUGCACAUGCUGAUUUGUUACUAAAAGGUUUUUGCAAGUACUUAGUUGUUCUACAGAGUUGAUGUUUUUGGGGUAUGUGGUAGCGUCGGGGAGCACAGCAGGGGUGACUCUGCGAACAAAGAAUGGUCACGUUUGGGCCUCAUUUGUGUCCCCUUGGAGUUCCCUGUGUAGAAUCCCUCUAGGCUGGCUGAACGCUGUUCUGAACAUGCCGUGUACAGGUUUUUGUGGAUAAAGUGUUUGUUCUUGUGUCACUCUUGAGAGCAUGGAUGGAUUAUUGUACUCUAGGAAGGAGGGGGCAGUGCUGCUGUGGGCAUUGCUUCAGGUCCUCGAGGAUGUGUAGUAGCUUGCGUUGUUAAAAAAAAAGGAAGAAAAAAAAAAGAAUCCCAAAUUGACUUGUAGCCAUAAUGGUUUUUGCAAGGAAAAGGGACAGGACUCUGUCGCUUUUCCGUGUCCUUCGUGGUGGCGCUGCUGGCACGGACAGUGCCGGGCGGCCCCAGGGCUUCCCGAGUUGCUGAGUUGGAAUCGCGGCGGAGGCGGGAUCGGGACUCGGCUCCUCCUCCUCGGCCGGCGGGUCAGGGCAGGGAGGGGCGGGAGCGCUUUCCUGGGUCCUGGAUGUGUUGAGCCUUGAGGCUUUGAUUACUGACAUGUAUUAAACAAGGUUAAAAGGAGAGGAGAGGAGAGCAAGGCUGGCUGGCAGCAAAGCCCGGCUGGGGCCACGGAGGGAGCGCGGCUGGCUGAGGUCAGGCUGAAUCCAUGGAAGUGCAAUGACUCUGCCACCCGUGGGAUCGUGGGGUGCGGUGGGAGCAUCAGAGCGAGCCAAGCGAUUGAUGCAACAAUCCAGAAGCAGUUUUAUUGUCAGAUCUUGGACCGUGUUUGAUGGUGAGAGAGGUUCCAGCGUCCCUCGAGCAGAGCCCGGAGCGGCUCCGGUUCCGCGGUUUUCCUUUGGGGAUGUGCCGGAGGCGGCUCUGCCCGGGAGGCUCCUCCCUGCCCGGUGAUGCCGUGGCGGCCCUGCCGCACCCGGGUCAGGCGAUCGUUAAUGCUCUAAGGACCCAAAUCGGUGUCGCUUUCCUGGGGCGAGGAAUAGCCAUCAAAAACUGACAAGAUGAGUUUGCACUCCUAAAGAAAAAUGUAAGUACUUCAACUUCUAGAGAAUUUUUAAUUGUAUUUCUGCCUAGAGCCGAGGUAUUAAAUACCUCAGCACCUGAGGAUUUUAAAAGUUGUGUCGGGAGAAAGUUCUUCACUCAGCUGGAAGAAAUGCAGCUGAGCCAAGACUAACUGCAAGACUUAAAAAAAAAACCACAAAAAAACUCAUGUUUGUAAUACGUUACAGGAUUGUUUGUCCUGAAUUUUAAAAUUUUUGUUAAAUUUGUGGAACUAUGGAGGAAUUUUCUAGAAAAAGUGAAAUAAAGUAAGAUGGAAAAGUAA